AUGGGGAUGGUGGAGUGCGUCGCUGAGGUCAUUGUCCUGGCAAGCAUCGGCAGUGGUAGUCUCUUUGUAGACUCUUGCUUUGCGCUUCUGUGGGCACCACAGGAAAAGCCCUUCCAACUUGUGAAUGACCGUCUGGAGCUUCCCAACGUUGCGGUGACGCCAUGUGACCGUGCUGCCUUGCGCAUCGACCACAAUCUGGUGAGUUUCCAUCAGGUACCGUGCAUGUGCCGUGAUGUCGUUCCAUGUGGCGUCGCGCAAUGGCGUUCAAGGCCAGAGUCCCAUUGCGAGUCGUAGUGUCUUUGUAGAGGGAUUAUCAGUUCUAGAGACGCCAUGCGACGUGCGCUUGGAUCUUAAUGAUAUCUCGAGACGCCCAAUAGAUCCUGCGAGCCUGUUGUAGUCGUCCAGAAUGUCUGUGGAAGACUCCUCUUCGCGAGUAGAGGAGAACAUGUCUUGAGAAGAGUGAUGGAGCAGCUUGACAUGCCACAGGCUCGAAUGUGUAAGCUCAAGGACAGCGAGGUGUUGUCUACAAGCAGCAAGACGGUGUAGGGCAGAUGCGUGUGCUGGUCAUCCCAUCUCGUCCUGA